AUGUCCGACCCCGAUCACGACAUCCCCACCUCUCACUACAACGACACACACCGCGCAUACCUCCAAUCCCUCAACGCCUGCCAGACAACGACCUUCGAGAAAUCCAAGCCCAUCCUCGCCGCAAUCUUCUCCGCCCACGACCGCCCCACCGCCCCCGAAGACAUCACCCAAGAAGACUUCGAAUCCUACAUCUCCACCCUCACCGACGCGCUCUCCCCCUUCGACCUCGAAAUCCGCUCAAGUCUGCACCAACGCUCCAAGGAAAGGAUUUACGCCCUCGUCAAUGUCGAGUCCGAUGCAAUGACGCAGAUGGCGACGGUGCAUACGCCGGAUGAGAUUGCGUUUGUGAAGAGGGUGCUGGAUGCGAUGUUUGAGAGGUAUAAUACGGAGAGGGCGGAGGUUAUGGCUGUUACGAGUUUGCAGGCGUUGAAGUGUGCGAAAGUUGGGGCCGCGGAGAGUGGGAAUGCUACGCAAGGUGCGAAAGCUGCGGAUCUUACUAUGUCGCAGGCUGAACGGAUGCUGGAGGCGAUGGUGGAGGAAGGGUGGUUUGAUCUUUCGCAGAAGGGAUUCUAUUCGCUGAGCCAGAGGGGGAUUAUGGAGCUUCGAAGCUGGUUGGUGGAGAUGUACAACGAUGAAGGUGACGAGGAGCAGGAUGAUGAUGAGGUUCAGCAUAUCAGGAUCAAGGACUGCGCGGCGUGUCGGGAUAUUGUGACGGUGGGACAGAGGUGUCCGAAUCUGCCUUGCAAUACCAGAGUGCAUAAUGGGUGUUUGAGGAACUUUCUGAGGAUCCAUAGGGACGAGAAGUGUCCGGGUUGUGGGACGUUAUGGAAAGAUGCGCCGCCGGUUGGAGAGAAGGCAGCGAGGAAUGUGCCUGGUGGAGGUGGGAGGAGAUCGACGAAUGGGACCGCUGCUGGGAGGAGCAGUGUCGUGACGAAUGGACAUGAAGAUGGCGAGGAAGAUGACGAAAGUGAUGAUGAAUGA